GUCAUGGAUGAUUGGGUGUCAGGAUGCUUUUGCCAGAACGAAUUUGAAUGGUUAAUUGGUUUAAAUUCCCCGUAGAUCAACAACCAUUGUACAUAUAGGUGUUAUUCUGUUCAAUUGUUAUCAAGUGCAGCAGGAGGGAAGAAUGAGUGAAAUGUUCGUAUUCUAAAUCAUAUUUUAUCAUUGCCGAAAUUUGGCCAAGGUUAGCUCAAAAAGAUGAAGAAAGGAGCGAAUUUAUUUCUACAGAAAACGGUGUUUUUCGCUCUAUUUGUGGGGUAUGUUUUGUUCGUCGUUUCGUUCUUUAUUCCAAGAUGGUAUAAAUUUACAAAACGGGAGACUGGCCAACAUUACAAUUAUGGAAUUUUUAUGGCCUGCAUUAUUGACAGCGAUGGAGGAAGUCGUUGUCAAUACACGCAUUUCGAUAAUGUUGAAGGGGGCAUCAUAAUACCAUUGAAGGCGCUAGCCAGUCUUGGACUGGUUUUCUACACGGCCGCUAUGGCCACCGGAUUCCUGGCGCUCUGCUGGAUCAACGAGAAGAGACAGAGGCUGUUCUAUGCUUCAGUGGGAACUUCAUUAGCGGCAGGAAUCUUCAUCAUUCUUGUUGUGGCCAUUUAUAAAUCCCAACCAUCGUAUUCAGCCGGAAGUGACGACAUUGCAUUCUAUCUAGCAGCCAUCAGCAUCGCGCCUCUGUUUUAUGCUGCAGCGAUGGGGAUUUUAGUUGCUCGAACUAUGGUAUUCAUAGACGAGAAAGAGGAUAUGGAGAAAAUGCACCAAGAAAGACGACAAAAAAUGAAAAGAAAACGAAAAAUAGAACGACCUGCCUUUAUGUUUCCACCCAGUGGAACCAUGUUCGAUGACUUCAAACAAAAACCUGCCCCAGGCAUAGUUGUUACUAACGACGACUUCGACAGGUCGCCAGACGAAGAUCCUUUCUUUUUCAAGCAGUUGACUGUUAAGAAAGAAGCGUAUGAUAAGUAUGAAACGAAGUCGCAAGAUCGAGAAGUUGCGGAACUGUCUAUUAGUCAGGAACAGUAUGACGUCAAUCCAAACUUGGACGAAAGAGAGGCUGCAUUAAGCAACCAUAAUAUUCAUGAUCCGAGUACCAACAUGUCGGAAUCGGCCGAAACUCCGCGACCAUAUACGCCGUCAGACGUGAAUGACGAUAUCAUUUCAGUGCCCUUUUGCGUAGAACAAGCUGCAAAUCCCAAGGCGAAGGGCAAAGGUUUGAAAAAGGUACAUGUCUUCGAUCCUAUCAAAAUUUCGGAUCUUUUGAAGAAGACUCGGGCUUAUAGGAAAUCCAAGAGAGCAUCCACUAAGAAAAUCAAGAAAGGUCGAUCCAAUUCCGCAUUCAGCUUCGAUGAACACGAACCACAUAAAGUCGAUGUUCAUGGACAUAGUAUGCUCUCGCAUAAGUUCGAAGACUUACCAGAAGUUGAAAAGUGAUUGUUAAUUCUGUAAAUAUAAAGUUUUUCAUUUAACAGCAAUUGAUUUAGACCUAUUUACCCCUCUCACUUCGAAAUGACAUGAAGGAAGAGAUCGAGCAAUUAAUUACUGAGUAUUAUUAAAGAUUUUUGGAUUCACCUUUCUUAUCUCCUAGAUAUCAAAGAUAUAUGAUCAUCUUUCUGUUCGUCAGAACUCCAACCUUGGCUAUGCUUUGUAAAGGUUGGCACUAUAGGGCUUUCAUACUUCUCAUGUGCAAUUGUUGUGUAUGGUCAUCGUAAUAUGUAAUCUAGUUUUGCUUCAUCAUUUCCUAAUUGAUUAUUUUACAUUUAUUUAGUAUCUACCUUGUUAAUUGUAUCUUGGCAUUGGGCAUAGUGCUGAUUUAAGGAAUGUGAAACAUUAAUUGUUUGCUUAAAAUAAAAUUCAUACUUUAAUUUA